UGCUUGACGGCAGUAAUGGCGGCGCUCAGGGGCCGGGGAGCGGCGGCCUGGGUCCCCCUCGGCCUGGCCCUGCUGCUCCUGCUGCUCCUGGGGCCGCGGCUGCUGGGCGCCGAGCAGCGCCGGGAGGACCACAUCUUUGAUGUUUGGAGCUCUCUGCAGAGUUACCUGUUAUCGUUAUGGAACUCGAGACUCUACAUCUAUUGCACCAUCGCGGUUGCAGUAGGCAUUUGGGCUGCCAUCGAAUUCCUAAGCAAACGUCACAAGAAGCAGAAUGAAGAUGUGAAAAGCAGCAUUGUAAAACAAGAGGUGAUUGAGAAUGGCCACAUAGUUCAUGAAGAAAAGGGAGUCCAUGUUGUGGGGGUGAAGAUUUUCUUUGGCUCACAGACAGGCACCGCAAAGGGCUUUGCCAAUACACUGUUGGACGCAGUAAAGCUUCUUGGUUUACCUGUGGAGGUUGUAGACCUGAAGGAGUACGAUCCAGACGACAACCUUGUGGACGAGAUCGUCAGCAAAACCGUCUGUGUCUUCCUUCUCGCCACAUACACUGACGGGAAACCGACGGAGAGCGCCGCCUGGUUCUGUAAAUGGCUGGAAGAGGCGACCAAUGACUUCAGAUACGGCAAAAACUACCUCAAGGGCCUGAGAUAUGCUGUGUUUGGUUUGGGCAACUCAGCGUAUGUUGGACAUUACAACACUGUUGGUAAACACGUGGACAAGUGGCUGUGGAUGCUGAGCGCGGGGCGGGUGCUGACCCGCGGGGAGGGAGAUGGCAACGUGGUGAAGAGUAAGCGGGGCAGCCUGGAGGCCGACUUCAGCGCCUGGCAAGUCAAGCUGUUGAGCAGGCUGGAGGCUCUGGGUCAAGGGGACAGGAAAGAGUGCAGCGGCAACUGCAAGAAUGGGAAGUGCAAAUCUAAAGGAAAAAAACAUAAGGACGAAUCCAGGCAGAAGGAGGCAGUGCCAAAUGAGAGACUGGAGCAUAGCGAAGAGGAGGAGCUAUUUGAGACCAGCAGUGAGGAGGGGUCGGGGUCAGACAGCGAAACUGGUGCUCGCUCAGUGGUGGACGUGGAAGAUUUGGGCAAAGUCAUGAACAGUAUGAAGCGAGCAAAGAGAGCGCUGGAGAUGGGAGCUGAGGCUGUGAAGCCCAAGUUAUCCAAACACGUGAAUGGAAAGAGUGGGAGUGUGGAAGCGAGAGAGAUGCUGACUCCGGCUCUCAGGGCUGCUCUCAUCAAGCAAGGUUACCGGCUGAUUGGAAGUCACUCGGGUGUGAAGCUCUGCAGAUGGACUAAGUCGAUGCUGCGAGGACGAGGCGGCUGCUACAAACACACGUUCUACGGGAUUGAAAGCCACCGCUGCAUGGAGACAACCCCCAGCCUCGCUUGUGCCAACAAAUGUGUCUUUUGCUGGAGACACCACACGAACCCUGUUGGAACAGAAUGGAGGUGGAAGAUGGAUGAAGCUGAGCAAAUCUUAAAGGAAGCCAUUGAGAACCACCAGAACAUGAUCAAGCAGUUCAAAGGUGUACCAGGUGUGAAGGCUGAGCGCUUUGAGGAGGGACUGGCUGUGAAACACUGUGCCCUGUCCCUGGUGGGGGAGCCCAUCAUGUACCCACAGAUCAACCACUUCCUCAAGCUGCUACACCAGCAGCGAAUCUCCAGCUUCCUGGUGACAAAUGCCCAGUUUCCAGAGGAGAUCAGAAACCUGGUACCGGUCACUCAGCUUUACGUCAGCGUGGAUGCGAGUACUCAGGACAGCCUCAAGAAAAUUGACCGCCCUCUGUUUAAGGAUUUCUGGCCGAGAUUCCUCGCGUGUCUCCAGGGCUUGGCAGACAAGAAGCAGCGCACGGUGUACAGGCUGACGCUGGUCAAGGCUUGGAACGUGGAUGAGCUGAAAGCUUACUCUGAUUUGAUUGAUGUCGGAAAGCCAGACUUUAUUGAAGUUAAGGGGGUGACAUACUGUGGAGACAGCUCAGCGAGCAGCCUGACCAUGGCUAAUGUUCCCUGGCACCAGGAGGUGGUACACUUUGUCCAGCAACUGGCUGACCUCCUGACUGACUAUGAAAUUGCCUGUGAACACGAGCACUCAAACUGCCUCCUCAUUGCACACAGAAAGUUCAAAGUGAAUGGAGAAUGGUGGACGUGGAUAGACUACGAGCGAUUUCAGGAUUUAAUCGCGGGUUACGAGGAGAGCGCAGGUGCCAGGACCUUCUCGUCAGAGGAUUACAUGGCGAAGACCCCGCUCUGGGCUCUGUUUGGGGCCAAGGAGAGGGGCUUCGACCCCACUGAUGUGCGUUUCUUACGGAGGAAACAGAAGGACAUCUCCGGGUGCUGAUGGACCUACGCGUGGAGCGGGGUUGGCUUUCACCACAGAUCAUACGUCAGCUCUCACUCCCAUCUUUAUCUGUGAAGUGUUGGGGAGCAGAUGCGGAGAUCUCUGGAGUAUUGGGAGACCAUGAGCUGCCAUUGGUUUCAGCUCAAGUGAAAGUUAACUAGUGACUAGUGAAAGUUAGGCUAUCCAUGGGCAGGAUGUACUGCACCCCACAGCGAGCCACAUCCCGUCACAUGAUUAUUCAGGGAUGAAGAUAAAUGGCAAUGUAAAUCCAAGAUCUCAACGUCUCACAGGUUUAACUUCUCUUCGGGUUUGUCUCACUUUUUCCCUGUUUGUUGUUCGAUCUCUCCCUGACUCAACAGGUUCAGCCCUCACCACCUCCACCCUGUCACCUGUUCGAGCCUUGUCAGAUCAGUGUGUCUGUCUGUGAGUGAGUGUGUGUUUCAGUGUCUGUCUGUGUGUCUGUGAGUGUGUUGUGUCUGUCUGUCAGUGUGUGUGUCUGUCUCUGAGUGUGUUUAUGUCUGUCUGCAUCUGUCUGUCUGUGUGUGUGUAUGUGUCUUUGUGUGUGUCUGUAUGUAUGUGUCUGUCUGUGUGUGUGUGUGUGUUUGUAUGUAUGGCCCCCUGAAUUUAGUCAAUGACACGUGGGUGAUGCUUCUCAUCAUUGACGCAAGACAUAUCCGAGUCUGACUGUUCCUGGGACUGUCUGUACGAUAGUCAAUCUCUUCAUUUCUUCCCGUUCAUGUGAUUUUUUUUUUCUCUCUCCUCUUCCAGCUGUGCACAGUUCAGUGGGAGCCACAGAGCCAAGAUGAGAUUGAAUCCCAAUCCCGCUCUGAUUCCAAUGGAAAUCUCAGGCUCUUCCCCGCAAGCAGGUGUCUCCUUCACACCUGAAGUUGCCAUGAGGCAGCGACAGUAAAUAAUGUUUUUAUUUUCUGGUUCGUCUUCACUCAACCGUUUUUAUAAACGAGGUUAACUUUUAAACGUGUGCUCAGCAUUCUGACUGUAAUACCGUGUGUCCAGAAUAAAUAUAGUCUGUGACUCUC